UAAAGAUUAAAUACUUAUUAUGGACCGACACUUAUAUCAUUAUAGACUAGGCUUAAGUGGACGCAUCCAGAAUAAUCAAUAGGCGUUUUCCAACAAGAGACACAGUUGAUAUAAUACAGUAAAUCAUUUUAUCCUUGUUGUUUGUUAAUGGUAAACAAGGAAAUGAUUCACUGUGUUACACUGUGUCCUUCUGUAUCCCUUGGUGGAAAACGCCCAAUAUUAAUCGAUGUUGUAAGAAGGAAAGUAUCUCCGCGCCCCCCUUCAAUAUUCUUUCUUUUUUUCAAUGAUAGCGGCUAACGACUAGCGAUUCAUGAUUCAUGCCCAUAUUUAGCCCAAGAUGGAGCGGCAGGCGGAGAAUCGAGAAUCAGAUGGCAUUUACAUAAACGAGAGAGAUAAUUAUUGCAUGCUAAUGAUAUUAAAGCCAAUUAGAUGUCAGAUAAAUAUCUCGUGCGUAUGGUAGAUUGACAAAAUAUAAAAAAAAUAUUGUCUAUCGAAAACAAUUGCUCAAAGGAAUAAAAAAUAAGGCAUUGAUACAUCACGGAGUGGAAAAGUGAGGUUAUGAAGGGAGCAAUAUACAAUUAAGAUAGUUGAAGACGUUGAAAAAUCAGACGAAUGUCAUCGAAGAGCGGGAUAAAGCGUCAUUCGUCUAGUCACGACAGUAGACGCGAAGAUAAUGAUAACAGCAAAUGUAAGCACGAAUUGAAUAAGAUUUUCAUAGUAAAUCCGAAUCUCGUCCAUGAUAUCGAGGAUUUUUGGAAAUUUGUCGAAAAAUACGAGUCUGUCAAGAAGCAAUUAGACGACAGUGAUGAAUCUGUGACAACAGAUUCCGCAUUAAAUUCCAUUGGCCUACCGGGAAAGUAUCACAAAUCCCAUUGUCUAAACAUGAAGCUUGCCCUGUCCUAUGAAGAAUUGUUUGCUAGAAUCUUCGAGACAAAACAAUUAACCAAGUCGCAACUAUUUAAGUUCAGGGAUGUGAUAAUCUUGUAUCUAGACUUUAAGCAAAAGGAGAAAUUUGUCAAAUUAAAAAAGCUUCGAAACACACAGACUAAUCUACCAGUUACACAAUACAAACAAAAGAUUAUUGAGAUGAUAAAAAGAGAGAAAGUAAUCAUUGUUGCAGGAGAUACUGGUUGUGGAAAAUCUACUCAAGUCCCUCAAUACUUAUAUGAGGCUGGUUUCCGCAAGAUUGCAUGUACACAACCUCGAAGAAUAGCAUGUAUCUCAUUAGCGAAAAGAGUCGCCUUUGAAACAUUGAGUGAAAAUCUUAAUAAGGUCGGAUAUCAGAUACGUUUUGAAAAACAAAAAAAAGAGACAAAUAUUACAUUUAUAACAGAAGGUUUAUUGUUGCGUCAGGUAUCGGAUGAGUCAAUGUUAUCUAUGUACGAUGUAAUAGUCUUGGAUGAAGUGCACGAACGUCAUCUGCAUGGGGAUUUUUUAUUGGGCAUUAUGAAAUGUAUUAUUUGUCAAAAACCUGAUUUGAAAUUAGUGCUAAUGUCAGCCACUAUUAAUAUAGAGCUCUUUAAUAAUUACUUCGCAAAGGAAAACGUUAAACUAAUAGAAGUUCCUGGAAGAUUAUAUCCCAUUCAAGUGUUUUAUCGACCUGUAACUGUUGAAGACCUCAGAUACAAAAAUGAUCGAUUUAAUCCAAGUCCGUAUGUGCAAAUAAUGCAAAUAAUUGACCAAAAAUACUCAGCUGACGAAAAGGGUGAUUUAUUAAUAUUCUUGAGUGGGAUAAGUGAAAUUACUGCAGUUGUGGAUGCUGCCAAGGAAUAUAGUAUAAAGAAAAAUAAUUGGAUAGUUUUACCCCUUCAUAGUACCCUUUCUAUUGCUGAACAAGAUAAGGUAUUUGACUAUGCACCUGAUGGUGUUAGAAAGUGCAUUGUUGCAACUAAUAUUGCAGAAACUUCUAUUACCAUCGAUGGAAUUAGAUUUGUUGCCGAUAGUGGAAAAGUGAAAGAAAUGAGUUAUGAUCCAUUAUGUAAAAUGCAAAGAUUGAAAGAAUUUUGGAUAAGUAAAGCCAGUGCAGAACAAAGAAAAGGAAGAGCAGGCAGAACUGGACCUGGAAUCUGUUAUAGAAUUUAUUCAGAGGAAGAGUAUAAAAUAUUGGAAAGGUAUUCAACGCCAGAAUUACAACGUGUACCUUUAGAUUCUUCGCUGUUGCAAAUGAUAGCGAUGGGACUUCCCGAUGCACGAAAGUUUCCAUUUAUAGAACCUCCACCAGCCAAUAGCAUAGAAAAUGCUAUACUGUCUUUAAAAGAUCAUGGCGCACUCACGGAUAAUGAGAAAAUCACGUGUAUUGGUAAAACGUUAGCACGACUGCCCGUUGAUAUCACAAUAGGGAAGAUGUUAAUAAUGGGAUCUAUUUUUCAUCAAAUGGAACCUGUAUUGUCAUUAGCGGCUGCUCUAAGUAUACAGACACCUUUUACUAAUAGGGCAUAUAAAGACUCCGAAUGUGAAACAUCUAGGAAGAGAUUAGAAUCUGAUCAUGGUGAUCCAAUUAUAUUGAAUGUAUUUAAAGAAUGGCUGGAAGUAAAACAAGAAAAUUCUCAAGAAUAUAGAAGCAGUAGUAAUAGCAGCAGAAAGUGGUGCAGACGAAGAGGUUUGGAGGAACAACGGUUCUAUGAAAUGACGAAAUUGAGGGCUCAAUUUAAAGACUUACUCCAAGACUGUAAUAUACUCAAGAGUCUCCCAGAACCAAAUUCUUCCAUGACGAGUGCAGAACGUGCAAUAAGGCAUGGAGAAUUAAAACUUUUAAAAUCUCUCAAAAGAACCUAUAAACAAAAUGAACCGAAAAGGCGGAAACAAUUAAAAGUCGAAACAUUUGAUAUACAAUUGGAAGGGGACGAGAAUAAUGAAGGGCUCGACAUCAAAGACAUAGAAUUUCGAAUGAGAAAUGAUUCGAGUCAGGUGCAGAAUCUUUUAACAGCAUCUACCGCAUGUAGCUACAAAGACUUAACAAUGUUAAAAUUGAUAUUAUGUAGCGGUUUAUAUCCACAAUUUGCUUGCGCCGACGAGUUUAAUUAUUGUAAGUCUACAAGUGAACAAUUAUUUCACACAAAAGCAAAACCGUAUGUUGCUUUGCAUCCAAUGAGCUUUUUUGGAAAUCAUCCACAAAUUCUGCAAAUUGAAGAUGCAGAUAUAAUAUCAAUACCAGGGUUUAAGAACAAGACACUUGUUAGCUCUAAACAUCAGAUAUUAGCGUAUUUAUCCCUCUUGGAAACUACAAAACCUUAUCUGGUGAAUACUUUAAGAAUGCCUGCUGCACAAACUUUGCUAUUAUUUGCACAUGAAAUACACACGAAUAGCAUGUUUUCUAUAAUGGUAUGCGAUUCGUGGUUGAUGUUAGAAUUUCCUGUCUCUGACAGUGGUCAAAUUUUAUUGAUGAGAGCUACUAAAUUAAGAAAGAAGUGGGAUUUUCUAUUAAAUCAGCAAUUACAAGGAUCUGAUAGUGCUAAUGAUGAAGGAAAAGACUUUAAUAAAAUUGAACAAAAUCUUACCCAAGAACUAAUUGAGUAUAUGCAUACUACAAUACCAUAUACUAUAAAGCGUCUUUUACCGGCUGAUCUGAAAAUGAUAUAUGUUGGUAGUGGCAAUAAUAACACAAGCGUAGAGCCUAAUCCUUUCGAAACAGAUUUUAAGAGUAUACCAAAUGUAACUAAAGGUGGAGUUUAUGUAACAGAUAAUAUUACAUAUAAUUGUGUAAAAGAAACUAAUUGGAGUGAACAGUUAAUUGCAGAAAUGCAGGAAACCGAAUGGCAUUGCCAAAAUUGUAAUCUUCGAGCAAGUCUAUCAAGUCUCGAAAAACUUCAACAUCAAAAUUCUUGUACAAUUGCAAUCGAUACGACUAGUAUCGAUAAAGAAAGAGAAAAUGUUACGCGUAAAGCUAAUAGUCAAGCAUAUGAUUGUUCCGCUUGUUCGCUAACGUUGUAUCUUACGCCUAUUGAAAUAUUAAAGCAUAAGAAAUUGCAUAUUAAAGCAAGCUAAAUUAUUUAUUUAUUGUACAUAAAUGGAAUAUAUGUUUAUAUAUUGUAUAUAUAUGGAAUAUAUGUUGGAAGAUAAUCUUUUUUACGUAUGCAGUUGAUUUCUCUUUUAUUUCGAGAUACACAAAUGUCUUAUAGAUGAGUAACAUUUAUUUAUCGAAUUAUAUAUACAUUUAUGUGAUAUUUAUAGAUAAAUGUUUGUGUUUUAAAAUUUAAAUGUAUAAAAAUAGAUAUAUUAAGAUCUGUCUUUAAAUACAAAAUGAACUUUUUACAGUACUAUUUACAAAUAGUUUUCGACUUCAAAGAUUUAUUUCUUAUACACAUACAUGUCACAAAAAACUUUAUAUGUUUGAAAAUUUAUAAAUUACAUAUUUUUACAAUAGAAAGAAAAAAGCUGGAAGACGUUCGUACAUAUACGUAUGAAAUGUGAUAUAUCAAGUCCACGGCAAGAAAUUUGAAAACAUAAAACAUCCUAUGAUUGUAUAUCCUGUAAAGUAAAAUAAUAUAAAUUUAUCUUGUAAUGUA